AUGCUCCUCGCCAACCAGACACACCUUGGACACUCGACUUCCCGCUGGAACCCCCAGAACUCGCGCUAUAUCUUCGGUAUCAGGGAGGGGACUCACAUCAUCUCUCUUGACAUCACGGCGGCUUACCUCCGACGUGCGGCCAAGAUUGUGGAGGAAGUUGCCUACCGGGGUGGAUUGAUUCUCUUUGCGGGCACGCGAAAGGGUCAGAAGCGUGCGGUGGUCAGAGCCGCGGAACUGGCUCAGGGAUAUCACAUUUUCGAGCGUUGGAUCCCUGGUAGCUUGACCAAUGGCCAGCAGAUCUUGGGCCAUUGCGAAAAGAAGAUCGUGAACGGCUUCGAUGAGACGAUUGAGGACCUCUGGAAAGAGGAAUUGGAAGGUUACCGUGCACUUAAGCCCGACCUUGUUGUUUGCUUGAAUCCCGUCGAGAACGUUGUCCUGUUGCACGAGUGUGGUCUCAACAACGUCCCGACUAUCGGUAUCAUCGACACUGACGCCGACCCGACCCGUGUCACAUACCCCAUCCCUGCCAACGACGACAGUUUGCGUUCCGUGACUCUGAUUGCUGGUGUGCUGGGACGGGCAGGAGAAGCGGGUCAGCAGAGAAGAUUGGCGCAAGCGCGUAAGGGUGAGUGGACGUACAAACUCAUGCAACCACUCCGUCAGCAAGUAGAGGAGACGACUCUGGAGACCGCGGAAGGACAGACGCCAGAAGCUUCCUCUCAGGAUGUUGUGUCUGAGGAAGUUCCUUCUGAGGGAAGCCCGCUUGACAAGCCUAAGGAAGAGGCCAAGGAUGACGAAUAG